GGAAGAUGGGUAAUCUCGCUGUGGUGGCGGGCGAAAGCUUAGGGGACUCCGCAGCGUACUGAUUAAAGUCCAGUACACCUACUGAUGUGGAUGGGGUGGUGGGUGCGGAUGAAACGGUGGAAUGAACGGUGCUUUCAUUGUCAUCAGUGGUGGAUGAUGUGCGCUCCAUGCGUUCAAGCUUUAAAGGCCCUUGAUAUUGGCCGCUACCCUAUUUUGGUAGGGCAAAUCCUUUUACCCUCGCCCUUGCUCAAUUGCACGUGAUCGGUGAUGCAUUACCUAAUGGUCCGCGGCCUGGUUAGACAUGUCUGACGAGUUCCAGUUCACACAACACUCACACAGGCGCUAUAACCCGUUGACAAAAUCUUGGGUCUUAUGCUCUCCUCACCGUACUCAGAGACCGUGGCAAGGAGCCCAAGAGUCCGCUAAUGCGCCUGCCUUGCCAGAAUACGAUCCAAAGUGCUAUUUAUGCCCAGGCAAUACGAGAGCCAACGGUGAAACAAAUCCUGCCUACAAGACCACCUAUGCUUUCCCCAAUGAUUUCCCUGCCGUCAAGGCCGACCAACCAGAGUUUAAGGAGGAUGAAGAGAGUGCCAAGGGCUUACUGCGUGUAACCGGUGUGCGUGGACAGUGCCAUGUCAUAUGCUUCUCACCAGCACACAACCUCACGAUUGCAGAGAUGUCUGAACAAGAUAUUCUUCCUGUUGUCAAACAGUGGAUAAAGUGCUAUGAAGAUAUGGCCAAGGUCGAUUAUAUCAACCACGUUCAAAUCUUUGAGAAUAAGGGAUCAGCUAUGGGAUGCUCCAACCCUCACCCUCACGGUCAAAUGUGGUGCACCGAAGACGUGCCAGAGGAGCCCGCGAAGGAAAUCAAGGCCAUGGCUGAAUACCGCCAACAGAACAACGCUUGCUUACUCUGUGACUAUGCUAAAUUGGAAACCACCACUCAGGGAAAACCCCGUGUUGUGUGCGAAAAUGAUUCGUUCGCCUGUGUCGUGCCAUUCUGGGCUGUAUGGCCCUUCGAAACCAUGGUGGUGUCCAAACGCCAUGUCACCAGUGUGUCCAAGUUAGAUGAUGUUCAGCAAAAGGACCUGGCCAACAUCUUGAGAAGAAUCGCCUGCCGCUACGACAACUUGUUCCAGUGCUCGUUCCCCUAUUCCAUGGGUAUUCAUCAAGCGCCUGUGGAUGGUCAGGAUCAUAAUGGAGAUACGCAUCUUCAUAUUCACUUCUAUCCCCCUCUUCUUCGUAGUGCAACUGUCAAGAAGUUUUUGGUUGGAUUUGAGAUGAUGGGCGAGCCACAAAGGGAUUUAACCCCCGAGCAGGCUGCCGAAAGACUGCGUAGUUGCUCCGAGGUUCAUUACAAGAAGCAGCAGAAGUUGUAGAAAGAGGUCUACCAACAUACAACACCAUAUCACCACCCACCCAUUUCAACUCUUACAUACAAUUAGAAAGGACCCCCCGCCCGUCCUCCUCUUUUUUUUUCCCAAGUUUUGCGCGCUACCCCUCGUACUUCUUCGCUCUCGCUUCUUCUUUGUAGAUUAUCGUUUUUCUUUUUGCAUUUUGUGGGAUUAUCUUAAUGAUACAUACUGGCAAACAAGGUAAUAGACUUAUUCUGUCUUUUUCUCUUUAUUCUCUUCUAGACCCCAACGCUGUUGAUUGUUACUUUUCAGUUACCCUUCUUUUUUUUUUUUUAUUCCUCCCACAGCAUUACUAUAAAUGUACAUGUGUUCCCGUCUAUAUGGAGAGUUUGCCUUGCAA